AUGAAUAUUGAUCCACAGCUUGUUACAGCCAUCACUUGCCGUCAGGACAGGUGCGUCAGCGGACGGUGGGGGGACAGGAGCAGCCGAGGGGCUCUCCGGACCCGGGGGUCGGCAGCUGCCGGCGGGCUGCGAGUGCAGCCGCAUCCCUGCGCUGGCAGAGGACCCGGAGGGCUCCUGGCCGCCCCCGGCCCACCUCGCUGCGCGUUCCCCCCUCCCAUCCCGGGGCAGGCGAGGGGAAAGCCCCAUCGCCGGGAGGUUGGGAUGGAGGGAGGCGCCCGCUGCGCCCCCGCGGAGAGCGCGGCGGGGAGGGGGCGCGGGGGCGGCGUGCCAAUGGCUGCGCUGCCCCCUCCUCUGCCCCCACCCCGCCGCCGGCCCCUCCCUCCCCGCCCGACCCUCCUCCCGCCGCUCACUCCGCGCCGCCAGCGCCGAGGCUGCGGCUCGGGAGCGGCCCCGCUCCGCGCCCGGCAGCGCUGGGAGCCAGCAGGUCUCCGGGAGGCGCGGAGGUGGGGUGGGAUGCCGGAAUGCCCGGACCGCGGGGCCAAGGCGGCCCCCAUCCAUCAUAAAAUCUCCUUCUCCAUCUUAGACAUCCUGGAUCCCCAGAAAUUCAGCAGGAGACGCGAACCGGCCGCGGGGAGCUGGGGCAGCGCCCCCCGCUCGGGCGAGCGGGAGAAAAGUUUGGGAAGAGUUGAAGUAGGAAAGGACGCUGCUGCUCCCGGCAGCGGGAGGAAUAAACUAGAGGCACAUGAUCCGCACGGCCCGGCGGAGAGCGGCGCCGAGGACGCGGGGCAGGACCGCGACGAGGAGGACCCGAGCGGGGACGGGACCGGGAGCGGGGACGGGACCGGGAGCGGGCCCUCUCCCGGGCCGGAGGAGCCGGGGUCGCCGCGGGGCGCCCGUCGGCGGCGGGCGGAGCCGGGCUGCGGGAAACCGCGGCGGGCGCGCACCGCCUUCACCUACGAGCAGCUGGUGGCCCUGGAGAACAAGUUCCGAGCCACGCGGUACCUGUCGGUCUGCGAGCGCCUCAGCCUGGCGCUGUCCCUCAGCCUCACCGAGACGCAGGUGAAGAUCUGGUUCCAGAACCGCCGCACCAAGUGGAAGAAGCAGCACCCGGGCGCCGACGGCGCGGCCCCCGCAGCAUCCCCCGCGGCGGCGGCGGCGGGCGGCGGCAGCCCCAGCCCGCCGGGCCCCGCCGCUCUGCCCUUCCAGACUUUCCCUUCCUACGCCGCCGCCAACGUCCUGGUGCCGCCGGCCGCCCCCUUCCCGCUGGGAGCCGGCCCCUUCGCCCCUUUUCUCGGCCCCGCGUACCUCGGCCCCUUCUACGCCCCGCAUCUCUGA